UAAUUGAAUUUUAGACGGGUUUGCAGUUUUACAAUUACUAUGUCGCAGACAAGCCUUGUAUAUUGCGAUCGGAGAACCAGUCAUCUGUCAAUUACACGACAUCAACAAUGGCUGCAAAGAAACGAAAUGCCCAAAGUACCGAUGCUUCAAAUGGAAAAUCUAGUUCUAGUAAAGCAACUAAUAGACCAAAAUUAAGCGGGAAAGCAAAGUCAAAAGAUGAUGAACAUUCUAAGAGGAAUGCCAACUCAGUACUGUACAAGAUUUGCUUGUUUGCAUUGGCUUUGGUGAUUGGAUUUUGUCACAGAAAUCACAUAGCUAAUAUGUUUGAAAGAGAUAGACAUUUUUCCCAUCUGUCAACACUAGAGAGAGAGCUCGCCUUUAGAACAGAAAUGGGUCUGUACUACUCUUACUACAAGACUAUGAUAGAAUCACCAACAUUUACAGAUGGUUUAUACCAGGUCAUGAAUGACAACAUCACAGAGUUUCCUCUCACAAUUAAUACUCUUAAAAGAUUUAACUUAUACCCAGAGGUAGCUUUAGCUAUUGGUUAUCGAGCAUAUGAAGCUAUUAAUGCAGCAUUUAAUAGACCUACAAAAAUGUGUUGGCGUGUAAAUCGUGGAGAAGGUCUUAGUCCCGUCCAAAGUUGCGAAGGUUUGGGUGAGCCGUCAUAUUUCUAUGUGGAACAUGUGUUCAUAUUGAAUGGAAUGAUGAUGUCCAUAUUCUUUCUGUUCGGCACCUACCUCAGUGGAAGCAUGUUUGGAGGGAUACUAACAGUGGCAUCAUUUUUCUUUAAUCACGGCGAGGCAACAAGAGUACAGUGGACACCACCAUUAAGAGAAAGUUUUGCCUACCCGUUUCUUGUCAUUCAGAUGUUUUUAGUCACCCAUCUUCUCAGGACAUCAGCGCCAACAUUUAAACACAGUCUACCUAUUGCCAUAGCAACCAUUUUAUUCAUGUUACCAUGGCAGUUUGCUCAAUUCGCCCUACUAACAGAAAUGAUUGCAGUUUUUGCCACAUAUGUGCUAGGUUAUAUUGGAUCCCGUAAAAUGAAAGUUUUUCUACUUGGAAUAGGGAGUGGGUUUAUUGUAAGCUAUGUUCUGCUGUUUGGCAACGAGAUGUUAUUGACCUCAUUCUUUUUCUCUGGUCUGCUGACAAUUACUAGUAUAGUGUAUAUAGAACCAGUGCUUGAGACUCUUCGUAUACGCCCUUUAAUAUGGAUUAGUCAAGGAGCCAUGUUGGGUGUAGGGACAGUUGGAUUCAAGUUUGUUGUUGCAAAAUUGUUUAGUAUAGAAGAUGAUGCUCAUAUUGGGGAUAUAUUCCGAAGUAAAUUCUCAGAUUUUAAAAACUUUCAUACGAUGUUGUAUACUUGUGCAGCAGAGUUUGACUUUAUGGAGGCAGAGACUCCUGGAAGAAUCUUGAAAACAUUAUUAGCCCCAGCUGUGUUGAUAGUCCUAGUAACAGUUACUUAUCAGUUGUUGAAGACAGAAUAUAACGCCUGGGUUAAAACAAGCAGUGAACCUGGCAAAGAUCUGCAAACUGAUAUUCCUAAUAGAAGUAAACCUAAUGCUGAGGUUGUUUAUCAUUUCUUCCAACUGAUAGCUUUUACUAUGAUGGCUGUUAUUAUAAUGAGAUUAAAAUUGUUCUGGACACCACAUCUGUGCCUUAUGACAUCAUUACUAGCUUCCAGACAGUUUUUUGGUUGGCUUGGAAGCAAAGAGAAACAAUAUGCCAUAUUGACUGCCUUACUGGCAGGUAUGACAGUUCAGGGUCUCUCUAACCUUCAACAUCAGUGGAGCAUUCUGGGAGAAUUCAGUAAUAUGCCAUUAGAGGAGCUUGUUGAGUGGACGAAAGCUAAAACUCCUACAAAUGCUGUAUUUGCUGGUCCUAUGCCAACCAUGGCAACAAUUAAACUGUGUACAGGUCGUCCGAUAGUAAACCAUCCACAUUAUGAAGAUGCUGGUCUCAGAGAAAGAACGAAGAAAGUAUAUACUAUGUACAGUCGUAAACCAUUAGCUGAAGUGAAGAAGAAUUUACUAGCUUUACAAGCUGACUAUGCUAUACUAGAGGACUCAUGGUGUGUUCGGAGAUCUAGACAAGGAUGUAGCAUGGCAGAGAUUUGGGACAUUGAAGAUGAAGAAAACAGAGGGGAGACAACUCCAGCUUGUACUAAAAUGAAAGACAACCCUGGGCCACAUUUUAAAACGGUGUUCAAGAAUAAUGUUUAUCAAGUCCUUAAAGUGUUGAAGUAGAAUAUAUCUUGUUAUGACAUUAAGUUUGUAAAGUUAAGAUCCUAAUAGUAAGUGAAGUAAGUUUUAGUAAAA